AUGUAUCGUACGUUUCUCUCAUUGUUUGGUAUCAUUACAUUGCUUAGAUGUUCAUUUGCAGAGCCUUGCGUUCACCCUCUUGGAAUAGAAGACAGAACAAUUCAACUGACAGCAUCUUCUGAAUACAACAAUUACCAUAGAGCUGAUCGUGGAAGACUGAACACUGUACUUGAGUCCGGCAUUGGUAUUGGAUCAUGGGUGGCUAAUUUCCGAGACCAAAAUCAAUGGAUUCAAGCCGACCUAGGUUCUUUGUUGAAAGUCACCAGACUGAUUACACAAGGUCGACAGGAUGCAGAUCAGUGGGUGACGUCAUAUGAAGUUCUUUACAGUACUAGUGGCAACUUUGAAGAAAUCCUGGACGCCAAUGGUCAAGUUGCA